AUGCGUCGUGGAUAUGUGAUUGAUGCUGCUUUCACAAAGACUGGCUAUAGAGCUUGGAACAAAGCUACUGAAAGAUUUAAAGCUCAUGUUGGAGAUAUAAAUAGCAUCCACAACAAGUGUUUCAACAAGAUGCUUGAUUUGAUGAAUCAAUCACAGUCAAUACGCACUUCCUUUGAUAAAAAGUCCAAAAAAGAAAAAAGUGAGUCUCGGCGUCGCUUGAGUGCUUCAGUUGAUGUGACAAGAUUUCUCUUGAAAUUAGGAUUAUCAUUCCGUGGACAUGAUGAGAGUCGAUCUUCUUCAAAUAGAGGUAUUUUUCUUGAACUUUUGCAAUGGUAUGGAGAUAUUAAUGAAGAUGUUGGAAGCAUUAUUUUAGAAAAAGCUCCAAAAAAUGAAAUGAUGUGUUCUCCAAGUAUUCAAAAGGAUAUUGUUGAUUCUUGUGCUAAGGAAACAAUCAAAUCUAUUCUUGAAGAUUUAGAUGGGGAUUAUUUUGGGAUACUAGUCGAUGAAUUAAAGGAUUUAACACUAGUGGCUCUUGCAAAGAAGGAUUCAAAUGUAGAUGACUUUUUUUGCUUAGUUAUUAAUGUGUUAAAUAUUGUUGGAGCAUCUUUUAAGCGCAGGGAUUUACUUCGGAAACACCAAGCUGAACAGUUAGAGGAGUUGCUUAUAUCAGGGGAAGUGCAUACUGGGCGAGGAUUAAAUCAAGAACGUGGGCUUCAGCGGCCAGGUGAUACUCGUUGGGGUUCUCAUUAUAGAACAUUAGAUAAUCUUAUUGUUUUAUUUCCAUCAGUUAUUCAUGUGCUUGAAUUUACUGGAUGCGAGUGUCCAAACUAUACUGAUAGACUUUUUGCUAAAACUCUUGUGGAUACGAUUAAGAAAUAUGAUUUUGCCUUUAUGCUGCACUUGAUGUGGAAAGUUCUUAUGAUGACAAAUGAAUUGAACUCCUCAUUACAAAGGAUGAAUCAAAAUAUUGUCAAUGCUAUGAGAUUUCUUGCUCUUACAAAGCAAAGAUUACAAAAUAUGAGGGAUAAUGAAUUUGAAUCAUUAAUGGAUGAUGUCUCUUCUUUUUGUGAUAAACAUGAUAUAGUCAUUCCGGAGAUGGAUGCUAGCUACUUUCCUGGGAAGUCAAAGCGUAAAGCUCUUGAUGUUACAUAUUCUCCAUCAUUUGCGUGUUGA